AUGAAUAAUAUUAAGGAUUACUUUUCAACUCCCCUAAGCCAAAUGAGCAAAAAUCACUUAAUUUCGGAGAUAGAUGAUGAAAACUUAGAAAAUAAUUAAUAUAUCUCUGCCCAUGCCUUCACAAUAAUUUAAUCAUGUCUUAGUAAAACCAUUAUUGAGGACUAUCCAAUGAAUAAGUUAAAACGAAGUUAAGAAAACUAAUAAAGUAACUGGAAAGAUUCUUUUAAAUGGCUGUGA